UCUCGGCAACGACAUCUAAGCUACUCCCUCAAAACAUUAUGCACUCUAAUACCAAAUUAAUAUAAAGUAUAACUUUAAGUUCUUAUGAAAUUGUGAGAAUCGUGUAUGUAUAAAUGUGUUUAUUUAGUCGUGUAGAGGGAAAGUUAAUAACAAGUCUAGGUGGAGGACGAUGCCAAAUACGUGGAUGAAGCAGUCGUGAGUAAGAGGAGGGAGCUUCUUGAACUUCACAGCCAAUGAAAUGUAAGGAUGCAAUUGCUGGUAUUGAGUCCAGUAUUUAACUGCUUUGCCAUUUGAAAUUCUCCAAUCUGAACAGAGACCAACGAUGAGACAGAAGGUGACGUCUGUGCUGUGCCUUUAUGGGGCUCUGCACUGCUUGGUAAUUUUGCCAGUAUCACAGGCCACAUCUCUAGCAAAAGUCUCCAAAGACAAAGUAUCGAAUCCAGCUGUCAGCAUUAACUCUGAACAGGCCCAUGAUUUUCUGGCACAUGCACGUCCAAGGAGAUCAGCUGACCCCAACUGGUAUCACAAAAAUCCAGACUUUCAGUCCUACUAUCGUUACUACAGCAGUAUUGGGCACACUGAAGGGCUCUAUGAGAUAGACAAAAUCCGAAUGCUUUAUCAGCAGAUGCGACAUCUGGAGCUCACGUAUGGCCCUGAUGCAUCCAAAUACCAGAAUACCCUCGGUCUUCAAGUAAAGUCGACGCCUCCACCCACAACCCAACCUCCACCCCCUACUUUACCACCUGUCUCCAAGAUGAAUGUUAUGUACCUGUGUAAUUCAAAAGACCCCCAGUGCAAGCCACAUAUUGUGUACUUACCCGCUGGUGGCGUACCAGUACUUUGCGAUCCACGUUACCACCCAAACUGUAAACUCAGCCCUGUCCAAAAGUCACCUUCUCCACCUGUAACUGCCUCAGAACCAGUCACCUCUGCCCCUCCUCCACCACCACGAAAAUCCACUCCUCCACCACCACCUCCUCCAAUGAUUAUCAAAGGAAUGGAGUACGACUGUGAUCCUUACUGGGACCCUGACUGCCUAAUCGACAAUCCUCCCAGGCCAGUAAAGAUGAUCGAACCACCACCAGUGCUUCCAGCUGAGAAGCUGAAAAAGGAAACGGGGAACAAAGUAAUCCUAAAUGCUCCGGAUCCAACCUAUGACCCAUAUGACUUCGAUCAAGAUCUGUAUGAUCCUUUCCGCCAUGCUGCCCCAUCUCCUUGAUUUCAAAUAAAGGCAAAUCAGUAAAAAAUAUCCAUCUUAAUAAUUUACCGUUACAUUCAUAUUUUCAUAUCAAAAUGAUGUAUAAUUUAUUAGAUAAAGUACACAUUAAACAAUGGCCUUGUUUAUAAUAUGUAGCUAGAUUUGUAUUCUUUAAACAACAAAUGCUGA